AUGGCGAUCAUGGUGCUGAAGCUCGUAAUCUUGCUUCUUCUUUUCUCGUGCGCUGCUGCGCAAUUCACCAACCGUUAUCUCAAUAGCCGCUGCUCCAACACCUCCAAUUACACCACCGGAAGCAUGUUUGAGAAUAACAUGAAGGUCGUCCUGGCCAGCUUGACGACGGACGCCCCUCCCUCUGGCUUCUCCAACAACACCACCGGCGAAAGGCCCAACCAAGUCUACGGCCUCGCUCAGUGCAGAGGCGACAUCACCGGCGAAGGUUGCACGGAAUGCAUUUAUAACGCAACCAUCGACGUCGUCAAGGAGUGCCCCCAUUCAUCUGAUGCCAUCAUAUGGUACGAGCACUGCCAGCUGCGGUACUCGAGCGCAAACUUCUUUGGUGUACUCAACAUGAAGGAUCUUGCUGCCUGGUGUUACAAGCAGGAAGCAAAGAACCCUCUCAUCUUCAGCCAGAAGCUGAAAGUUCUGCUAAACUCUCUGGGUUCUGAGGCAGCCAUGAAUGCUUCAUUUUUUGCUACGGGGAGCAUGGUGUAUGAACAACCGGAGACGAUAUAUGGUUUGACUCAGUGCACAAGGGACACUUCCGUAGUUGAUUGUAAAAGCUGUUUAACGGCUACGAUUGAAGCGAUGCUGAAAUAUUUCGGCACCAAUGUGGGCGCUGAGGUGGCUUCAGGGAGUUGCCGCGUUAGGUUCGGUUUGACUUCGUUCCUUGACACCGCACCAUCUGGAAGUCCGCCACCACCUCCAUCUCCACCUCCACCUCCGCCAUCGCACUCAUCUCCACCUCCACCUUCAUCAUCACAUCCACCACCGCGACCUCCAAAUACAGACAAGGCGAACCACUCAAGCGCAACAUCUGCGGCUAUGAUCACUGUCAUCACUCUUGCCUGGAUGUCUACAUAUUGGCUGCUCAUGGUGACAUCAUAG